CAGUUUAAAGAGUAACUUUUAACAGCGAACUUGGUUUAACCUUUUAACUUGUUAAUCUUUCGUUUUUAAUUUUGUUUCUUCUUAAUGUCGACAAUUAACGUGAUUAAUGUUCCAUUGAUUAUCAACAAUUAAUUGACUUUAAGUGUUUUCGUUUUCGUUUUUAUUUCUCUUCACUGCAAAUCAAGCAGCCAACAUAAUCCAUAUUAUGUUACCAAUGGAUUUAAUUAUCGUUUCGCUCCCUUAUUCAUUAAUGGUAUUUAUUUUUCAAUUAUGUAUGAUUGAUUGUUUGAAAAUUAAAAGUAUCUAUGUGCCCAAAGCUAUAACAAUCGGUGAAUCAGCUUGGUUAAAUUGUUCAUAUGAAUUGGAAAAUGAUAAUCUCUAUUCAAUAACAUGGUUUAAGGCUAAUCUGCUUGAGAUUAAUCUGAAUAAUAAAAGACAAUUUUACCGUUAUGUUCAUAAUGAGGUACCUCCAACAACUACAUACGAAACACCAGGAGUUCACAUAGACGAAACCAAAUCAAAUCGAGGGAGUGUUUACCUGUACAAAAGUAAUCUCACCACCGAGGGAAAAUAUAUCUGUGAAGUUAUCGCUGAUUCACCUUCAUUUCAAACAGUAACUCGGACCGAUGAUAUGAGAGUUCAUUAUUUACCUGAAAAAGGUCCAACAAUUUCACCGACAACAUCAACCAUUGGAAAUGUUGAUUUUAUCAAUGUUACUUGUAAAAGUGGACCUUCCAAGCCGAAAGCGCGUUUAUCCUGGUAUAUCAAUGAGACACCAGCACCUAAACAAUAUGUUUACGAUGAGGAUUAUCUCAAUGUAUCCGAUGAUCCAUCAAAUGGAUUAAGAUCAUCACAGAUUCGACUUUUGUUUCCAAUUUAUCAAAAUAAUCCAAAAGAUAAUUACUAUCGACUUCGUUGUGAAUCACAAUUUGUACAAAGCUUUUCAGAAGUGGCUCAGAUAUCAAUUAAACCUGUAAAUCAAAGGUCUAAUGAUAGUUUUACUUCAGUUUUUCAAGUGGGAUUAAUCAGAUCCUCAUCUGGACGAGGUAUUGAAUCAAUUAAUCCAACCAAUGAUUCAAUAAUUAACAAGGAAGGAGAUUUAAGAAUUGAAGGAUUAAAAUCAUCUUAUCAACCUCGAGAUCGAGUUAAUUUAACUUGUCAAAGUGGCAAAUCUCCGGUUCAUUCAACACCCACAAAACUAACUUGGUUGAUUAAUAAUAUCGAGGCAACUCGAGAUAUGAUUCAAACUCAUCCUAUCGAUUCAUUGAACAAUACGAAGCUUAGUUUAAUGUUCAAUUUGAAUCAAUCGUUUUUCACUAAAUGGUCUGAUCUAAAUGACCUAAAGCGAUCUAAGAUUGUCCUCAAAUGUUACGCUCUCUAUGAGGAGAUAUUAUUUCAAUCUAGUAAAGAGCAAACAAUUAGGAAAACUCGUGAAUCAAAAAGUGAAUCAGCAGCAGUUAACACAGCCGAUCAAGUCACAAUGGGCUCAGGAUCUGGAAACGUUUUACAUGGAUCAUUAUUGAGAGUUAACCAAUUAAUUACCAUUUUAAUUACUAUCAUGAUUAUCCUGUGACCAGAAAAUUAUAAUCAAAUUUUAAAUUCGAGUCAUUAAUUUACACACUUGUAAAUAGAGUAAAUAUAUUUUUUGGUGGUUCCUCUGAAAUCGAAACAAAAACUUUCUUCUCUCCUUAUGAAAAUUUUCCAUCUUCUUUUGCAUUCGAGGAACAUUCAAUUCUCUGUAAAAACUGAUUGAGAUUAAUAAAUUAAAACAUUUCAAAAUAACUAAUAAUUUCUUAACCA